GCGCAUAGCUUGAAUCAUUGGCAUGCAAACUGCAUAUUGCAUAAGAGGAAGAGAGUUGAGGAUAUUCAUUCAUUCUUGAAGAAGAAUAAUUUCUGUUUGUUUUCCCGGAAAGUGACAGAAGAAAAUGGCUACUACUCAUGAGGAACCAAUUCUCUCCAGGAUUGACCGUUUGGAUAACAUGUUGAGGCAAAUGGAGGAAAUCAGAGGGUACAACCGAUCUCCAAAGAGCUCAUGUGCAUCCACUCCAACAAGUGGAAGUGAUGGACGUGUAUCAUCCGUUGAUUUCUCCCCAAAGAGCUUGGAGAAGCACUGCCGUCCGAUCGAGACCGUGAUGAUGGAGACCGAAGUCAAAGGAACACUAGUAGAGAGGCUCGAUCAAGUGGAGGAUCGGAUGCUAAAGCUAGAAGAAGAGUGGCUAGCAGAGAGGAAGAGAGAAGAAGAGAAGAAAACGGUGAAGAAGCCAAAGAAGGGUUUCAAACAGUUAGUGAAGCAAUGUGUGAAAGCAAGAGGAGAACAUGAUAAAAAGCAUGGAUGAAUUAUGAACAUUGUGGCUGCUAGCUUCAACUUUGUUUUUGGAUUUCAUUGUACAUUAAUUGUUGCUGCUUCUACUGUGCCAAUGUUUUCAAUUUUAUGGUACAUUUUAUUUUUCCUUUUUGUAGGAAUGUUCAAGUGAAGGCAUUUUAUAAGAUUUGACU